GGCCCGCGCACUCUUGGCAAAGUUUCAGUGCGACUGGAGGCGCCGGGCGCUCCAUGGCCGCGCCGUAACGGGGACCCAGCCGCCUCCCCGCCCAGCCCAGCCCAGCCCUUCCGCCCGCCCAGGAUGGAGGCGCCCGCCAGCGCGCAGACCCCACACCCGCACGAGCCCAUCAGCUUCGGCAUCGACCAAAUCCUCAACAGCCCCGACCAGGACAGCGCGCCCGCCCCGCGGGGCCCCGACGGCGCCAGCUACCUGGGAGGGCCCCCCGGGGGCCGUCCGGGCGCCGCGUACCCGUCUCUGCCCGCCUCCUUUGCGGGCCUCGGCGCGCCCUUCGAGGACGCGGGAUCUUACAGUGUCAACCUAAGCCUGGCCCCCGCCGGCGUGAUCCGGGUGCCAGCGCACAGGCCGCUCCCUGGGGCCGUGCCGCCGCCUCUGCCUAGCGCGCUGCCCGCCAUGCCCUCCGUGCCCACGGUCUCCAGCCUGGGCGGCCUCAAUUUCCCCUGGAUGGAGAGCAGUCGUCGCUUUGUAAAGGACCGCUUCACAGCGGCGGCCGCGCUCACGCCCUUCACCGUGACCCGGCGCAUUGGCCACCCCUACCAGAACCGGACGCCGCCCAAGCGUAAGAAGCCGCGCACGUCCUUUUCCCGGGUGCAGAUCUGUGAGCUGGAAAAGCGCUUCCAUCGCCAAAAGUACCUGGCUUCGGCCGAGAGGGCGGCGCUCGCCAAGUCCCUCAAAAUGACGGACGCGCAGGUCAAGACCUGGUUCCAAAAUCGGAGGACCAAGUGGCGGCGGCAGACGGCGGAGGAGCGGGAGGCGGAGCGGCAGCAGGCGAGCCGGCUCAUGCUGCAGCUGCAACACGACGCCUUCCAGAAGAGCCUCAACGACUCCAUCCAGCCCGACCCGCUCUGUCUGCACAACUCGUCGCUCUUUGCUCUGCAGAAUCUGCAGCCCUGGGAGGAGGACAGUUCCAAGGUCCCCGCUGUCACCUCUCUGGUGUGAGCCACCGGUGUGCACCGUAGCUACGGAUCGCCGCCCCCACCAGGCGGGGCGCCCGGGUCCCCCAGCCGGGCUGGGGAGGGAUGCUGGGCCGAGAGGGGUAGGGGGGCCCGACUCGCGUGGGUCUUGGAGCGCGCCGCACAGCGCCGGCCGCGGAGAGGGGCUGGGCCCAGGUCCUCGCGGCUGCACAAUCCGAGCCCCCCGCCCCGCGCCCCGUCCCGCCCCAGGCCCGGGCCUGACAAAGAAGCGCCUUACGUUACUCCGCCCCGCGCCCGCACCCUCGGGCUGGGCGCCUGUAUUAUACUUUGUACUUUUGCCCAAACGUGUAAAUAAUAAAAGUUUUGGCUUUUUUCUUUAGAAACCGGCCACCUGCUUCCCCUGCGGGGCCGCUAGAGGAGGGGCAGCCGACCCGGCGACUCGGGGGAAGCUUGUGGGGCCGGGGGCACCCAGCGUUUAGGUUGGGUGCACGCCUCUCCUUUUCCGUUCCUUUUAUUUAAGUCGUUUUAUUUAAUAAAAAGUUAGCUAUUUCACUUAAUGCCGCUUUUAUUUCGUUUUCUUUCCUCGAACGCUCGGCGACCCCGGCCCUUGCGCUUUGCCUAUCGCUAGCGAGCGGCGGUGUGCGCGGGCGCGUCUAGGUCUGCGAGCUGCACUGGUUUCG